AUGACUGAUCACUCAAACCCCGUUAAAACUCGUAAAAUAAGAGUUAAAAACAGCGCGAAACUUGAUAUUAUUGUACAACCACCAACGCCACUCAUGCGUAGUAAUACCAUGCCAGGAAAGUCUAGCACUAGUAACGGUAUUCCUCGUGUUCCCCGAAGUAAAACUUUAGGGUUACCAGAAAAAGAGAAAGCCAGGUCAGACGAUGGCUUUCAUUCUGAUUCUGAUAGCAAUCAAUCUGCACAUUCUGUUAACUCAAAUUUGAGUACGCAUAGUAGCAUGAGUUAUUAUAAUAGAGCACCUUCGAUCAAGUCGGAUACUAUUAUACGGGUUCGCUCAAAAUCUUCUCUUGGAUCCGCAUCUUCCGAUUUAUCAGAAAAAUCUCAUUUGGAUAAUCUUAAUUUGGCUACGUUGGCAGCAAAUCGUCAAUUACAAGUCGAUAAACAAGCAGAAGAGGCAAGAAAAAAUAGAAAGAUUGCGGAUUUGGAAAUCUCUAUAAAAUCAUUAAUCUCAAUAAAUUCUGAAUUAGAUGCAGCUAAUAAAAAAUUAAACUCUGAGAUUAUUGAAUUAAAAAGAAAACUUCAAAUAAAUGAUUCCAUUAAAUCUGAAAUACAUGAUGAUGAAUUAUCAGAGGCAACUGAAUUGGCUAAGGAUGUCCGAUUUUUCAAAAUAUAUCUUAUGACAGAUAAAUUACUUCAGGAUGCACAGGAAGCACUUGCACUUGAUUCUUCAAAGUUAAUUGGAAGUCGAGUUUUAACAAAUGCAGAAAUAGCAGAAACGAAUUUUGAUAAUUCUGAAAUAGAAAUUAAAUUAGAACAACAACAUGAUUCAGACGAUACUACCAAUACUACUAUACCGUCUACUGAGAAAUCUACCGAGAGCAAAGAUCGUGUCCAGGAAGUUAUAAAGCAACUUCUAACCAUUGCGAAACAAGAUAAUGAUAAUAGAAACUCAAAACCACCACAACCUGAAAUAAAAGUGAUGCUCUUAUAUGAACUUCAAGAAUUAUUAGGUUAUGGAGACGAGGAAUCAUCAAAAAAUAUGAAAGAAAACCGAAGAAGUUUACCUAAUUUGCCUAGCGAAAACUAUUUUCAUGAUAAUGAAGGUGAUAGUGAUAAUGCAAAAUUUUAUCGUCGUCUAUCAUCACCAAUUUUUAAAACGAAUACAAUGAAUAAUAACAGGUCGGAUAAUGAUGUGAACCCUUUAAAAGCAAAGAAUUUACAUCCACACGGUGCAGAAUCAGGAAGACCAUCAUUUUGGGCUUCUUCGUUAGGGCUUUUGAAUCCUUGGAAAGAAAGAGAUAAAUGA